GGGCAUAGCGCUCCGUACGGACUUUGCGCAACUCGGGCCUGGUUGGCGCCUCGCAGCCUCGCGCUGCGUUGAGCGGGCAGCGGGCGGCGGGCACGGUAAGCAUGGCUGCAGAACAGAAGCGGAGCAGAUGGGCUUGGAAAGAAAACGCUGCAGCUGAACAGGGAGCUGACAAAGAGCCAUGUGAUCUUGUGGGCAAACAGUUGGGGGAACCAGGAAGGUUUGCAUAUGCAGCCCUCUGCGGGGUAUCCCUGGCUUACUUGUUUCCUGAAAAAGAGCAAAGCUCCUUUAGAAAGAAGCUUGUGGAGGGCUUGGUGAAAUGGCUUGAGUUGUCAGAAACCGUCCUGCCUGCCAUGGCAGCCUUUGCCAGUGGUUUGGGAGGUGAGGGGACAGAAACAUUUGCUGAGAUUUUACUGAAGGAUCCUGUCCUGAAAAACAAUCCAGUCAUCAUUACUCAAGAUCUUUUGUCCUUCUCUCUAAAGGAUGGUUACUAUGAUGCUCGAACACGGGUGUUGAUCAGUCACAUCAAUUGGCUGCUGAGGAUCCCCCUGGAGGAGCUGGAAGUCUUGGAGGAGUGCUUACUUGAAAGCCUAAAAGAACAAAAAGAAGAAGAAUCAGAAACUGCAGAAGCAUCAAGGAAAAAGAAAGAAAGAAAGAAGAAAUUGAAACGCUACUUGCUGAUUGGCUUGGCAACUGUUGGGGGUGGAACCGUUAUCGGUUUGACAGGGGGUCUUGCUGCCCCUCUGGUUGCUGCUGGAGCUGCAACUAUCAUUGGAAGUGCUGGGGCAGCAGCUCUGGGUUCAGCAGCUGGAAUUGCUGUCAUGGCAUCUCUCUUUGGAGCAGCAGGAGCUGGCCUUACAGGAUACAAGAUGAAGAAACGUGUGGGAGCCAUAGAGGAGUUUGAGUUCCUUCCUUUAACAGAAGGGAAACAGCUUCAUAUCACAAUAGCCAUCACCGGAUGGUUGUGUACUGGCAAGUAUGGGAGUUUCACUGCACCGUGGUCCAGCAUGUUGCAAUCCAGCGAGCAGUAUUGUCUGGCCUGGGAGUCCAAGUACCUGAUGGAGCUGGGCAAUGCUCUGGAUUCCCUGCUGAAUGGUUUGGUUAACAUAAUGGCUCAGGAAGCUCUGAAAUACACUAUCUUGUCAGGCAUCGUGACAGCCCUGACGUGGCCAGCCUCACUCCUCACUGUGGCCAACGUCAUUGACAACCCUUGGGGGGUGUGCCUGCAUCGGUCGGCCGAAGUGGGCAAGCAUCUGGCACAUAUACUGCUCAGUCGGCAGCAGGGCAUGCGGCCUGUUACCUUGAUUGGCUUCAGUCUGGGUGCAAGAGUCAUUUACUUCUGCCUUCAAGAGAUGGCUCAAGAGAAAGACUCUGAAGGAAUUGUCGAGGACGUGGUCCUGUUGGGAGCUCCAGUGGAAGGAGAAGCCAAGUACUGGAAAGCUUGCGCUAAGGUGGUGUCAGGAAGGAUCAUAAAUGGCUACUGCAGGGGGGACUGGCUGCUGAGCUUUGUAUACCGGACCUCCUCUGUGAAGCUCAACGUUGCAGGCCUUCAGCCAGUCAACUUGGAUGACAGGAGAAUGGUGAAUGUGGACCUUUCAUCGAUAGUCAGCGGACACCUGGACUACAUGAAGCAAAUGGACACUAUCCUGAAGGCUGUGGGCAUUAAAACCAAGGAGUGUCGCCUGGAGGAGAUGGGGAGCACCAGCCUCUUCUCCAGCCAGGGCAAGAAAAGACAGGAGCCAGCAGACAAUGAGACUCGGGGAGAGAACAGCAGGGUGGCAGAAGACGGUGCCAUCAAGUCUGACCACUGGUCCUGGGAGCCCAUAGCUAGUGAUGGACUGUGCCCGAGUGGCAGAAACUCUCCCCUUACACACCCCAAGGCUUCCGAAUCGCCAGUCUCGUCAGAUGCCAGCAGAGACCAAAGCCCAAGCAACAAACCUUAUUCGGCCAGCUCCCUGUCCUGCUCUGGUUCUUCUAGUCAUGUCCUGGGAGAAAUCUCCUGCCACAACCCAGACUAUUCGAACAAUAAUGACAUCAAGAAGCAGGCAGCAGACCAAAGUCUGGACUGAAUCUGAGAAAUCAACACUGAACAAUCCCUUGCUCUUUCCUUGGUCACUGCUUCAUGACCAGAGGACACAACCUGCCUAGUGCUUUGGUGCAAGACAGCCCUGGCCUACCUGGUUCUUCAGUGCACCCCUGGGCUGAGCACUAAAUGCAGUUACUAGAAAACAUGAGCAUCUGGUUUCUGGCACAGCUAAUAAUUUCCGUAGGUCUGGCACUGUUGGGUUAAAGAGCCAUUACAACCAUUGAAUAACCCUGGGCAAUACUGGUUUUCAGUGGAAACUAUUUGGAGAUCUUUUUGGGAGUGUUGGAGUGGGAGGAUGUUCUGGCAGGAUCACAGCAUCUCUCAGGCUCCCACAACACCAGGAGACUCCCAGCAGCUGGGCUGGAACACCAGCAUGUCCAGCAGGGCUGGUCUGCUCUUCAUUUUGCAGUUGCUUCUUCCCAGCUUCCUUACGCCACAUCUCCUUACACUUCAGGGUAGGAAGCACCAUCAGCCAGUGCUCAGAGGCUGGGAUGGAAAAGCCCAGCUGGUGCCAUUGCUGCAAUACAGCCAAACUGCUCUAAUGUACCUGAGAAAACCCCCCAUGAAAGCCCACAUGUUCCUUCAGCACUUCAGACCUGGUUUACUUACUCCCCUGCACGUCCAGUGGGAUUCGGACGUGAGUUGUUGCACUCUGGCAUUAGCUUCUUCUGCCUUAGGGCUAGCUCAGGGUUAUGGGACCACGGUGGCAUUGCUGUGCCACCCCCUCAUUUUCUUUUUCCGUCUGUUCUUUGUGCGCACAUUGGCAAGACAGGCAGACAGGAAUAGACUGACCCUAGUGUUAACAGUGACAGAAACACUUGGGCCAGGUGCUGUCUCUACACUGGACUGCAGAAGGUGGAGCAGGAUGGACACUGACUGCAGCUUAGAAGAUGUUAUAGAAACUGGAGCGUGGAAGUGGAGUGUCACUGGGACAAAGCCGUCGGAGCUGCUGUGACUGUCUCCUCACCUGACAGAGAGUCGGGUUCUCGGCUGCUGUAGAUCAGCCAAGAGCCACAGAAAUCAUGGAGUUGUCCUGAUUGGCACUAGCUGAGGUCCAAGUGCUUGUCCUUGGAGGUUACUGCCAUGAUCGUGGUAGGAAAAUGCUGCUUCAUGUUGUGAAACUUAGGGAAACCAAGUGAUUGUGGCAGCAUUAUUAAAGUAUCUUGGGGACCAGGAAUUUGUCUGUGUGAAGAACAGCUUGUCACUUGGGAAUUAAAGGGGUGAAUUUG